CGGUGCGAGCCCGCGGCCUUCCCUGCCGGCCCCGCGGGGUUUGCCCGCCUUGGGCCGCUCCAGAGCUGUCCGCACACCGCAGCCAGGAGCCUGGGAGAGGAUUUCACCCUUUUUCCCAAGCCCGGGCUGCCCCCUGUGCUCCGAGCUGCCCUGUGCCGGGCUGGCGACUGCGGGGCUGUGCUGGGCCAGGGCCAGCCCCUCGCCCGUGCAGAGCUCUCCUGGCAGGGUUAGAGCCCUGCUCCUCCUCCCCUCCGAGCCCACACGCCUGUUUGCAGCCGGGAAUUGCAGGGCUGCUUGCCGAAACGAAAACACUGCAAUAUGUUCAACUCCAGCCUCAUUUCCAGCCUUCUCUCCUUAUUUUGUAAGGCAGGAAUGUCUUGUGUAACAGCUGGGGGAGAGAGGGGCAGCCCGUCCUGCCGGGAGGGACUGGGCAGGAUUGGGCUGCCUGUGGAGCUCAGGGGUCCCCAGGGAUGGAUGUGUGAUGAGGGAGCUUUGCUCUGUGUGCCUGUGAGUGACAGAAAGAAAAAUUCCAUUUCUGGGGGGGGAAAAGUGUUUUCUCUUGAAGGUGGCUGUGAAGGGCAGCAGCAUCUGGAGGAGGGCCCUUGUUCCAUAGAAUCAUGGAAUGGUUUUGGUUAGAAGGACCAUAAAGAUUGUCUUGCCCCAUGGGCAGGGGUACCUUCUACCAGGCUGCUCCAAGUCCCAUUCAGCCCGGCCUUUGAACACUCCUUUCUCACUGCCAUAAAUCUCUCCAGGCUGUGCAGGAGGCACCAUGGAAUUCUGACUUGUAGAGUGAGUGCCCCACCUAAAAAAGGUACUUUUCUGAAUAAACCCGCAAGAAAUGACCACAGCCUUUUCCAGGGGGUUUUCAUGCACAGAGAUCUCUGCAGAGUCCCUUGUGUGCUCAGUCUGUGGCACUGAGGGAUGUCGCUGUGCUUCUGAGGCAGGAGGGGAGUCCUGUGGCUGAGGUGGGGCUGUCUGUGGUUUGGGGGCUCCAGGCUCCCUGCUGACAGCUGCCCUUGGAGCUGGCACAAGGGAUCUGCAACAGUUGCUGGGAGGAGUGGCUUGGCUGCCGUGGAGCUUGUGAGCCCAGGGAUGAUAAAUGGCUGGUGUUUCUUCAGCACAGUUGUUAUUACUGGCCUGACCUGUAAUCAGUUCCGCGCAGCUUUAAUGCUGUUCUUCAUCUUAGAGUUUUGAUCUUCCCAUUUCUCUCAUGGAAAUAAUUCUGGGUUUUGUUUUGCUCUUCUCUGAACAGUUUGAGUUUCUGUAUUUGAACUCCUGUCUGUAGUGAAAACUGCCCUGGAUAAGAGUUUUCUCCUACAAAUGACAGAUGUAUCACAUUGCUCUGGAGGAGUUUCUAAUUCCGUUGCUGUGAGUGCUCUGUGGCACACUCUGUCUGCACUGGAGGGUUAAAUGUCAUUUCAGAAGAACCUGAGGACAGCUCCAGCAGGAGAAUCCCAGAAUGGUUUGAUUUGGAAGGGAUUUUAAGGCUCAUCUCAUUCCACCCAGUGCCAUGGGCAGGGACAGCCCUCCAGGCUGCUCCAAGCCCUGUCCAGCCCAGCCUUGUCCACUCCCAGGGAUGGGGCAGCCACAGAUUCUCUGGGCACCCUGUGCCAGGGCCACUCCAGUCUGGCUGGUGGGGUUUGGAUUACAGGCUGUGUCCUCAGAAAGGCCUCAGGGCCGUGCCAGGAGCAGAGGUGCCCUGUCAGACAGGGAUGUCUCCUCGGGUCAGUGUCCCCAGCCAGCCCUGGCUGUGACCUGGUGUCAGGAAGGAGCUGUGAGCUGCAGAUGACCCAGCAAAAUGAUAAGCUUGAGUGCAGCAUGCAGCCUGAGUGUCUCUGGGAGAGCAGAGCUCAUUUUGGGAAAUCUUACAUGUUAUUUCUUCUUGGCCUGAUGUAAGUGGGACUGCAGAAAAAGGAACAAAUGACCCAAGACUGAAUGUCACAGCAGGUGAGUUUGCUGCAGUGUCACAGUGUGCCUGGGAUCAAAACCCAACAGUCUGCUCAAGGAAAAUAGCUGUGAUGGGAAUGUUGCAUCUUAUUCAGAGCAAAACCUGGCUGGUUUGUCUUUAUUGAUUGCAGCUUGGGGCUUCAACAAUUUCUGGCUGACAGGAAGGAAACCUCUGAGAUGCUUGAACUAACCAACCAAACAGAACCAAACCAGCCAAAUGCUGUGUUCGAGGUCCUAAAAUGUCCAGUCAGAACCUGAUUUCAUCAUUCUGUGGAAGAUAAAAAUGUGUUGAACAUCAAAUCUAAGUUACAGUAUAUUGCUAAAAAUUUUCUGGCAAGAGCUGGUGCCUGGUGACAUUCCAGAUGCUGUGCUCUGGUGUUUUAUGAGUGGAAAAUGAGUUAAACCUUUCCAGUGCACGGAUCCUUAAAUGGUUUCUGUCACCAGCCUUCAUCCACCUGACUGUCUGUGGCUUUCUGUGCUUGUCAGCAGUUCUGUCUGGCUGCUGCUGAUGGUUUGUCCCCUGGGUUUAGCUGUGCAAGAGUUGCUGCUUUGAGGCAGAUCAGAUCUGUAAAUCUGCACUGUGGCUUCAAGAAACAGGAGAGUGAAGGUGAAGGGGGAGAAGGGUGUCUGAAUACUGAUGAAUGAGCUGUGAUGGAUAACAAGGACUCAGAAGCUGAGAUCCACCCUCUGAAGACUGAGGAUGUGAAAGCUCAGGAGAACCAUGAGCACUACGUGGAGAGGAGGAUUAUCAAGUCCUCGGGGCUGUCCCGGCUGUCCCGGUGGCGCACUGCUGCCUUCUUCAUCUCCCUGUUCCUCUGCCUGAUCAUUGUCUUUGCUUUCUCCUUUAUCAUUCCCUGCCCAGAGAGGCCAGUUUCAGAAAGAACAUGGUUCCAGUACUACAACAAUGCAGAGCCCUACCCAUUCCUUGCUAUAGAAGACAUGAACGAAGACAAAGUACAAGAUGUGCUCUUUGCUUUCAAAUCCAGCAACGGCAGCAACAAAUUCAACAUGUCCUGUCUGGAUGAAGGGCUGCCGUCUCCCUGUGCCUUCCUCGCCGCGGUGUCUGGCACGAAUGGCAGCGUGCUCUGGGAGAGCCCUGCUGCAGAGGACGUGCAGGGGCUGCAGUGUGGCAUCCAGCAGCUGGGCACGGCUGCAGCCCCGGGCUGCCUGGUGGUGGAGAAGCCCCUGUCCCUUAGAGCCAUCAGCCUGAGCACAGGGGAAGUUCUGUGGAGGCAAUCCCGUGACUUUGGAGCUAAUUAUACUGUGCUGACUCCUUUAUCAGUGAUUCCAGAUGUGGAUGAUGAUGGAGUUCAGGACCUGAUAAUCUUUAUUACUAAAGAAGGCCAGGUGAAGGUCCUCAUCCAUUCAGGAAAGACUGGCCAGCAGAUUGGCUCCACGGGCAGCCUGAGGGUGGAUGGCAUCGCGCGCUACGUCAGGCUGCAGCUGCACUCCUCCUCCUCCUACUUCCUUUUCUACACAGAGAAGUCUCUCUAUGCAUAUUCCCUGGAAGAUCUGUGCAGAACAGUAGUUGGGGAGGAAGUUAAGCUUCCCAACUUCCAGCCGGAUUCUCACUGGGAGAAGCACAUUGACCGUGCCACACACCUCUUACCCCUUCUCAGAUUUGAAAACAUUCACUACCUGGCAACAGUUCCUGGGCACUCACGGGACAACAUCUUGGUUGUGGACUCAGAGGUGGCUACACUGAUCAACACAAAAGAUCUGCACGCCGUGUGGACCCUCAAUGUGUCCCGUGUUUUGAGUGAGCCGCUGCUCGGGUACUACAAACCUGAUGCCCAUGGUAUUGUCCUGGAGAGUGAGAUUGGACCCAAUAGCAAGAAGGUUGUGAUUGUUGAGAGUGAAUCUGGAGCAGUCCAGUGGGAGCUGAAGCUGAACUCGGGAGCAGGCAGCCCUGGCCCAGCCACACUUCCCACUGCGGAUCACCGCUCUGCCUUCCUCAUGUGGGGAGACUUCCAGGAGCCAGGCAAUGAGACAAGACCCAGAGCUCCUCUCCAGAAGCUGUACCUCUUCCAUCCUUCCUACACGAAUGUCCUGUUGGAGCUCCGCAACAGCACGGACCAGAUCAUUGCGUUCACUGCGGCGCUGUUCGAGCGGAGCCGUCACGCCUGCUACCUGCUGCUGCGGGGCCCCCAGCCCGGCGAGGGGCCAGGCCCCGUGUCCCUGAUGAAGAGGAAGCUGAAGGAGGAUGUGGCAGUGAGCAGGGUGAUCUGGCUGCGCCGCACGCCCGGGGAGGAGGAGCAGCACAUCCGGGACCGCCUCUACAGGAUGCGAUUCCAGAGCCGAGACUGAGCUGGACGGGGAACGGGGGGAGGCUGCCCCUGCUCUGCAGCCCUGCUCUCAACAAGCCCAGAGCCUGCAUUCCCACGGGAAGCUGCCUUUCUUGAUCCACAAACCAAAGUGUGGCUGGCAGGGAAGCACCCCCAGUGUCUAGGGACACCCAGGCUGUGGGGGCAGCUGCCAAGUGUCCGUCCUCAGAGCCGAUGGGACUUCAGUGCUUGGCCACCACUGAAGUGUCAUCAGCUCAGGGAGGAGGGCUUUCCCCUCCAUCCCUCUGUGCCCACAGAACUGUGCUGACUCAGGAGUGUGUCUGGAGGAAAACAUGUGCUUGCUGAGGUGCCAGAAUUGAUGACUUCUGGGAUGGCUGAGAAGUGGAGUUGGAUGUCUGGGAAGUGGAGUUUGCUGUGUGAUGUUAGAGUUCCUUUCUGAGUCAGCUCUCCUGGCUGGGGAGAGGUGCUUGGCUGCAAGUUGAUUUGCAAUUAUCCUCUCCUGGAUUUGGGCCAUGCUGGUGGUGGGUGUGUGGUGUCACUUGGGCCAGCAAAGCACGGGUUAAAGUGUCAUUCUACUUAGCAAAUGGCCUCUGCUCCCAAGAACAGCCCCAUGUGUCCUACUCUGCAGUCGCCAGCCUGCCUGUGUCUGUGUCCUCUGCUGCUUCCUUCCCAGCCAGGCUGUGCAGUGUUGGUGGCACUGAGAGGGAGCUGGUCUCCCACCUGAUGGAUGCAUCAAUGUCCCUGCCUUCCCUCAGCCUGCUUAUAGGUGGUGAGAGAUCCACCCUGAGGCCAGCCUGGCUGGUCCCUGGAGGUACCACCACCUUAAACCUCUCCAGGUUUAAGGAACCAGAGGAUCUGGCUUGAGUAGAAUUGCACUUGAACCUUUUCUGGGAGCUGGGAUUGCUGCUCUAGGAAGCCCUGUACCCAAGUGGCAGUGCCAGCACCCUCCUCCUUCAGCCUUGCAGCUGCUGAGGAGCCUUCUCCAAGCACUGUCCCUGCUGCCAGGAGGUGGCAGGAGCCCUGUGCUGCCUCCCUGCCCUUGGAAUUGAAGUGAUGCUGGGUGAGGAUCCUGGAGCUCUCUGCCCAGCCUGGUGUCCCAAGGGGCUGGGACAGGUUGCUGUGUGAAGGUGACAUGUUUCUCCUGGAGAUCCAUGCAGCACCCUGAGGUGUUUGCUCUGCCCUGUCCUGAUGGGUGCCAGUGCAGGCUCUAGAGACAAGGUGCAGAGCCUUGGAAACAGUUAGAACCAGCUACUCAGUCCUGAAAAUAAAAACUAGGCCUAAAAAUAAUCUCUCUCAAGCUCAGCAGUGCUGGAGGGUGGUUGCCCAGUGCCUCCCUCCCUUACUGAGUCUGACACUGGGGGAUGUGUAGAAACACUGUAGGAUGGGCCUGUGCAGCAUCAGGCACCAGCUCCUCCCUCCAGCCACUGCUGAGCCCCAAUGUGCCCUGGGCUGCUGCUGUCACCAGCUCCCAGCAGAGCCCCAGCCCUCCAGGCUGACAGCAGGGAGCUGGGCUGCCUGGGCACCUCCUGCUUCCAGCUGCCCAGGGGCUGCCUGAAGGCUGCCCUGUCUCCCCUGUCCCAUAUCCUGGGCAGCGCCUGAAGGCUGCCCUGUCUCCCCUGUCCCUGGCAGGCAAGGGAGCCACUCCUGGGCUGUCCAGCUGUGCUGGAAGCCAGGGCUGCUCUCUGCAGAGUGCUCCACAACCUUCAAAGCACCCUCAAAAUGAUGGGUUUGCCCUCUGCCUCUCUGCCCAGCUGUUUUCUGAGGGAGCCCAGGAGUGCAGGGAGGUUCCCCAGCUGUGUCCCCCAGCUUGGGUUUCCUCUGUGCUCAGCACCUUAGGCCUGACAGCCCCCAGGUCUCUGUGCCAGUGUUGCAGCCAUAAGAGGGCUGGAUUGAGGCUGCCCUUCAGCCAGCUGGGGCAGGGCACAGGGCAGGGCACCCCAGGCUUGCACUGGAGCCCAGCCUGAGUGCUGGGUGUGGAUUGUUUCCUGCUGAGAUUCCCCUGCCUGGGAGCAAGGGGAAUGCCUGGGUGUGUUCUCAUCAUAUUCUCCCUCCUCAGAUCCCUACCCAGACCUGACCUUCCCACAGGCACACUGAAUGUUCCUUGAGGAGAGCUGGAUUUUCAGCUUUGAGGAGCUUUCCUGGCUUUAAGUUGUCCAGUAAUAUUUCUGGACAGUUUGGAAACGCAGAUUUCGCCGUGGCAGCUCAAUUAAACGCAUCAGUGCCAAACCAGCACCUUCUUAACAAAACCAGUCUGUUUCCAGCUUGUUUCCUGUGUAAUUGUUCUUUUGCAGUAUUUGAUGAAUGACUUUGUGCCUUGAUUCAAUAACUCAGCUGGGUGGCAAUGGCUAUAUCACUGUGUUCUGUGUUAGUGUGGUUUUUAACAGAGUCUCUUUGGUUUGGUUCUUUAACUUAUUGCAAAUUGUGCCGUACAGGACUUGCUCUAACCAGAAUGGUUUCAAUAAAUCCUCUUUUGCAUUGUUUGUAAA